CUGCAGCCGAGGCCGAGGGAGGAGGAGGUUUGUAACUUUUAGGGAGACGAUAAAUUAGAUGAAGGAUGUUGUGUUAAGGCUUCAGUCACCAUCACUUCAACCGGCCUUUAAAUUUUACCUUCAUAUCUAAGAUGGAAGCGCCGCUAAUCUGAAAACAUGGGAGACUGGAACUUCCUGGGAGGGAUCUUGGAGGAGGUGCAUAUCCACUCCACCAUGGUGGGGAAGAUAUGGCUGACCAUCCUGUUCAUAUUCAGGAUGCUGGUGCUGGGCGUCGCGGCGGAGGACGUGUGGAACGACGAGCAGUCCGACUUCAUCUGCAACACGGACCAGCCCGGCUGCCGCAACGUCUGCUACGACCAGGCCUUCCCCAUCUCCCUCAUCCGCUACUGGGUGCUGCAGGUGAUCUUCGUGUCCUCGCCCUCCCUCGUGUACAUGGGCCACGCCAUCUACCAGCUGCGCGCCCUGGAGAAGGAGCGCCACGGCAAGAAGGCGGCGCUCCGCCGGGAGCUGGAGGCGGUGGACGCCGAGCUGGUGGAGGUGAAGAAGAGGAUCGAGAAGGAGGUGCGGCAGCUGGAGCAGGGGAAGCUCAACAAAGCUCCCCUCAGGGGCUCCCUGCUCUGCACCUACGUCGCCCACAUCGUCACCCGCUCCGUGGUGGAGGUGACGUUCAUGACGGGCCAGUACGUCCUCUACGGGCACCGCCUCAGCACCCUUUACAAGUGCGAGCGGGAGCCGUGUCCCAACGUGGUGGACUGCUUCGUCUCCCGGCCCACGGAGAAGACGGUCUUCAUGAUGUUCAUGCAGGCCAUCGCCUGCAUCUCCCUGUUCCUCAGCCUGCUCGAGAUCAUCCACCUGGGCUACAAGAGGGUCAAGAAGGGCAUCCUGGACUUCUACCCGCACCUGAAGGACGACCUGGACGACUACUACGUCACCAAGUCGAAAAAGAACUCGGUCGUGCACCAGGUGUGCAUGGGGACGUCCGUGGGACGGAAGUCGACCAUUCCCACGGCGCCCAGCGGCUACACGUUGCUGCUGGAGAGGCAGGGCAACGGGCCCAACUACCCCCUCCUCAACGCCUCCUCCGCCUUCGUCCCGAUACAAGGGGACCCCGGAGCGAGGCCGGACGUCCACAAGGACGCGAAGGAGGACGUGCCGAGCCCCACGGAGCACAACAGCAACUCCAACAACACGAGCAGCGAGACGCGUUCGCCUCCCGCGGACAAACAGGACGACCCCGAGGAGCCGCCGGAGUGCGCGCGCUCCUCCGAGUACCCGACGCUGCCCGCGGCCGAGGCCUCCUCCUGCUGCUCGGCGCCGUCGGGGGUCGCCAGGAAGACGAGGAGGGUCACGCCGCCGUGGCACUGCUCCACGGUGGUGGAGGGGAACGGCUCCGACAGCGGGGACUCCUACCACGGCGGCAGCAGCAGCAUGAAGCUGCGAUGCGGCGGCGGCGGCGGCGGCGGCGGCCCCAGGCCCAGGGUGCUCUCCAGGUCGGACAUUAAGAGGCCGAGCAGGUCCCAGAGCCCGGACUCUAACGGGGAGCUGAGCUCCGUGUCCAGACACAGCCGGGAGAGCAACAGCCCCGCCACCUCCUCCCCGAAGGGUCGAGCGUCGGUGGCGAGCAGCACCGGCAGCCGGCGAGCCCCGACCGACUUACAGAUCUGAACCCAACGUUCACCUGCAAACUCUCCGUUACAAGACACGACUACUUUAAAGACAUUAAAGGAAGCACAAAAAGACUACUGCUGUGAAGGUCUCGCCCAGGUUUUACACCAAAGAGGAGCCUUUUUUCUUUUUUUUUUUAAUCGUAUUUAAAAAGAAACAAAGAGACAAUCCACCUCGGACCUGAUCACACGACACACCGCCUUGUUUUCUCACAUUUCUGGGCCACUCCCGUCCAUCGAGAACUGACCUUUAACGAUUAGAGAGGAAUGGAAAAAGUCGGCCGCAAAUCUAUACCGCUGUUAUAUAACCGGAUACUGUUAAAUCAGUAGCACUGUCUGAAUUAAUCCAAUAUCUGUUCCAGCAUUAAACACCGUGUCUGCCACUAAUUAUCUCUCUGUUGACAUGAAUAAACAGUUUUUUUUUUUAUCUGA